AUGAUGGAAGGAAGGACGAUUGACUAUAGGCCUGAUGGUGGUGGUUUAGAUUAUCACAAUUCGCCGUUGAUGGCUGAGAUACCAGUAGACAAUUAUUCUCAUAUACAUAGAAGCAUAGAGCAUUUAAGAUCAAUAGGAGUGCCUCCGCCUAUAGACCAUCACAGGCACUUAGCGACGAAUCUAGCUGAUCUGAGAAGAUACGAGCAUCCAGAUGAGAUGCCCGAAAUAAAACCGUCCGUGCUAAGACUAUCUGAAUUCAAAAGUGGAUUGCAAGAUAUGAGAAUUCAGAAUGAUCAAGAAAACGAAGUCCAGAGACAACUUACGCCUCACGAUGAAGGACCAAAAGGAUACAGUGCUCCGUCGACGCCCCUCUCCGAAAAUGGUGGACAUUCCAUCCAGGAAGAAAAGGUUAGAUGUCUUAUAAGUUUUUUUUUAAUAGAAUUUUUACUUGUGUUUAAUUCAAAUAGCUAUGAUGGAACUAAUAAGAAAUAG